CUACCAAGACCGAGACCAAAUUACCUCAACUUGUAAACAAGCGGACGUGCCCGCAUGGUGGCCAUCCUGCGGCGACCAUGGCUGAGGGGAGCAAGGUAUUCACGCCUUACCGGGCCCUGGGGCUGGUGAGCACGAACAUACCACCAGUGGUCCGGUACAUCCAGCGGAGGAAGGAGAACCUGAUCGUCACUGCGGUGGGCAAUACAUUCCACACCUACGGGGCCGCCAAGCUGGGGCUGCUGGGUGUAGGCAACCCCCACGAGAACCCCAUCGUGGCCGUGUGUGGGGAUGCCUUCCACAUCUACACCUCCAGCGGCAACGCCAUCUAUGCCUGGCGACGUGGCACGGAGCUGAAGCACACGUAUGUUGGGCACAAGGCAAGCGUUCAUCUCAUGCUGCCGUUUGGACCACAUCUGAUAGCAGUAGACAAGCUUAACUGUCUUCGUGUGUGGGACAUCAAGGCUGAGUCACUCUACAUGCAGAUGGAGUUCCAGGCUAAAUCAUUUGAAAUCUCUGCUCUCACACAUCCUGCAGCCUACCUUAAUAAAAUCUUACUUGGGAGUAAACAAGGCAAAAUGCAGUUAUGGAACUUAAAUACCUGCAAGCUUAUUUACUCCUUCAAGGGCUGGGGUGCAGGAGUGUGUGUACUGGAACAAGCUCCUGCACCUGAUGUUAUAGGGGUUGGUCUGUUUGACGGCAAGAUUAUCCUCCACAACAUUAGAUAUGAUGAGACAGUGAUGGAGUUUCAUCAGGACUGGGGCAAAGUCACGGGAAUAGGCUUUCGGACUGACGGAUUCCCGGUGAUGGUGACUGGCAGUGAAAUAGGUCACAUUGCCAUAUGGAACCUGCAGGAAAAGACACUUAGUUCACAGGUACGAAAUGCCCACAAUGGAGCAGUCUUGGGUGUGAAGUGUUUGCUCAAUGAACCUCUCCUGAUCACGUCAUCUCCAGACAACACACUCAAGAUGUGGAUCUUUGACCUCCCCGACGGGGGCGCAAGACUCCUCAAGAUCAGGGACGGACAUUCGGCACCUCCACUAUUUGCAAGAUUCCAUGGAAGCCUUGGUGACUCCAUUCUCAGUGCUGGAGAAGAUUCUUCAUUGAGAUUAUUUUCAACAGUGACUGACAUUCUAAACAAAAGUUUAGGUAGAGCUUCCUAUAACAGAAAGGUUUCAAAAAAGAAAAGCAUGCUUUUGGAUAGAAAAGUGAUGCCAGCAAUUACACGGUUUACGUCAGAGACAGCUCAGGAGAAGACUUGGGAUAAUGUAGCUGCUCUCCAUCGAGGAAAGGGAGUAGUAACAACAUGGUCCAUUGGUUCACAGAAAAUGGGAGAGCAUAAGUUACUGCAUGACAGGUUUAAGGAUAAAGACAUCAGUGGAUCAGUGGCAUCAUGCUUGGAUAUGACAGUGUGUGGAAACUUUGUAAUUAUAGGGUACAGCUCUGGCCAUGUUGACAAAUACAACAUACAGUCAGGUAUUUUUCGGGGUAAUUUUGGAAAUCCAGUAGCACAUGAAGGUGGUGUGAGUGGCCUUGUGACUGAUGGACUUAACCAAUUUGUAGUUUCAGGGGGAGAAGAUAAAGAACUGAAAUGGUGGAGGAUGAAAGAUUGUCAGUUUAUCAAGUCAUUAACUUUAAAUGAGUCCAUCUCUAAAAUGUUUUUGCACAAGGGUUCUGGACUUCUAGGUGUUGCUCUUGAAGACUGGAGCAUUCAUAUUGUAGAUGUGGACACAAAGAAGGUUAUAAGGAAGCUGUAUGGUCAUCAGAACCAAUUGACAGAUUUGACAUUUAGUCCAGAUUCUAAGUGGCUGAUUAGUUCUUCCCUGGAUAAAACUGUUAGAACUUGGGACAUUCCUUCUUGUACAUGUGUUGAUUGCUUCUCAGUACCUAUUCCUUGCACCUCUCUAACUAUGUCACCAAUCGGAGACUUCUUAGCAACAAUUCACACAGACCACCUUGGGAUUUAUCUUUGGUCCAAUCAAGCGUGCUACCACCACCUCUCUCUGCGGCCCCUGCCUCAGAACUAUAAGGCACCCACCGUGUUUCUUCCUUCCACUUGUGCUGAUUCAUCACAGUUAGUGUUGAAAGAAGGUGAAGAAACUCAUGAACCAAAACAGGAAAUUUCUGUUGAGGAUGAUGAUGAAUAUAAAUCUCCAGAACAAAUAUGUGAAGAGUUGGUCACAUUAGCUUUGCUGCCAACAUCACGGUGGCUGAACCUUUUAAGUCUAGAUGUCAUAAAAAAGAGAAACAAGCCAAUUGAGCCUCCUAAAGUACCAAAAUCUGCUCCUUUCUUUCUUCCCACUGUUCCAGGAUUAGAAUUUAAAUUUGCUCCUGAUGAACCAGAAAAUGAUGAUGUUAAGUCUAAAGUGAAGCCCAUAAUGUCUUUUGAAGUGCUGACUGCUUUUGGGAAGAAAUUAAAGAGUGGAGAACUUGAGGAAGCAUUGAGCAUGUUGAUGAGCCAGGGGCCCUCAGGUGUGGAGGUGGAAAUCCGUGGGCUUGAUCCUGAAGUAGGGGGAUCUGAGGAGGUAAUGAUCAAAUUUUUGAAAAUGAUUGAACUUGCCUUAGAAAAGCAGUGUAACUUUGAAGCUGUUCAGGGUUACCUUGGGUUAUUUCUGAAGUUACAUGCAGAGUUUAUUGCUGAGAAUGAAGAUGUGUACCAAAUGUGUGAGGUUGUGGCUAAUGUACAGGGAAGAUCUUGGCAUAACCUGCAUGACUCAAUGAACCAAACGCUCUGUCUUGUUUCAUACUUCAAAAAUGCUGCUUUGAUUAAUUGCUGAAUUUGAUACAUACCUUGUUUAUAUAUAUAUAUAUAU